UCUAACCAUAGCUGUUGGGUAAAAUGUCAGGCACAAAUAUCUCUGUGGACAAGGACCAAUUCUGUUGCUCUGUGUGCCUGGAAGUGCUGUGGGAGCCAGUCACUAUUCCCUGCGGUCACAGUUAUUGUAUGGAGUGUAUUAAAGGUUACUGGAAGAAAUGUGAGUUAAAAGAAGAGUACAGCUGCCCUCAGUGUCGUCGAACCUUUAGUCCCAGACCUGCGCUGUCCAGAAACACCAUGCUGGCUGAUAUUGUUGAAAAACUGAGGAGAACUGGAGUUCAAGAUGGUCUACGGAGUCAUUCCAAGGAUGUGGAAUGUGACGUUUGCACUGGGAAGAAGCAUAGAGCUGUUAAGUUUUGUGUAAAAUGUCAGACGUUAUACUGUGAAAUUCACCUAAAACCUCACAAUGAAAGAAACCGAGGAAGGAUGCAUCAGCUUAUUGAAGUUACAAGGCAAUCGCAGAAAAGGAUUUGUUCACGGCACAAUAAACUGCGGGAGGUUUACUGUCGCACCGACCAACAGUGCGUUUGUAGUUUGUGCUUAAAGGAUGGACAUAAGGGACACAGCGUAGUAUCAAUUGCGGAGGAGAGGACUGAAAAACAGAAAUACCUGGAGGAGGCAUGGAGACAGUCAAAGCUGAGGUGUAAGGAGAGAGAAAAGGAGCUCAGAGACAUAGUAAAAUACGUAAAGCGUUCUGCACAAGUGGUUGAAGAUGACAGUGAAAAGAUCUUCACCAGACUGCUGCGCUUCAUCGAAAGGAAGCACACUGAGGUGAAAGAGCUGAUUAGGGGUGAGGAGAGGACAGCUCUAGGCCAGACGGAGAAGCUUCUAGAACGACUCAGUCAACAAACAAUUGAACAUAGGAGAGGCGAGGCUGAGCUAGAGGUGCUUUCAAACACGGAGGACCAUAUCCAUUUCCUACAGAACUAUAAGACUCUGUGUGCUCCUCCUGAUGUCGGUGGUCAGCCCUGCAUUGAUGUCCAUCCUUACUUCUCUUUGCUGAUACUGAGGAAAGCUCUCACAGAGCUAAAAGAUAGAGUCAAUGACGUCUGUGACAGAGAAUCAGCAAGAAUUUCAGAAAUGGUUGACGAAGAACACAAUCAGUCAGCAGAAAAUACCUCGAGUUUACCAGUGAACACUGAAACAUCGCUUCCAGCAACACAAGAAAUAUCACCACAAACUGAGUUGAGGACUAGAGGAGAUUUCUUAUAAUGUAAGUGUCAUUUAAUAUGCUUGAUAUUCCAGCACAACAUGAAAACCGAUAUUAAAAAGGACAGACUGAUCGAUGGUAUAUCAAAAUAUAUUAAAUCUGAAGUACAGGUAUAUCAAAACUUUAUUAACUUUUGACCAAUAUAGUUGAACGACUUCACAUCUGACACAAAUUUGGGGAAGAUCCCAAAAAGCUGUAGGAUGAGUUUUAAAGUAAGUUUUUGACUAUGGCACAAAUAACCAGAGUGUUAUUUUUAAGUUAUAAGCUAAAACAUGUGUGAAGAUGUGAUGGUUUGAGAUAGAGACUCAAAAUUUGGCAUGAUCGAAGCGGAGACUCUUCCCUAAGGGUGCACCAAAGUUGAAACAUUUUGACCAUUAUGUUCCAUAAGCUGCUCUGGACCAUUGGGAAGAAUAAGUAGGAAACCAACAAUGGUUAGAAAUUUAGAAGCAUAAACAUGCAUUAAAAUUUGAGCAUUUGAGACUCCAAACUUGGCAUGAUCGAAGCGGAGACUCUCCCCUACAUGUCCACCAAAUUUCACAACUUUUUAUUAUACUGUUUUACAAAGUGCCAUAGACCAUUGAGAAGAAUAAUAAGCAGAAAACCAACAGAUACUACCAGUGCCUAAAUACGUACUGUGCUAGUCUCUUAAAACACACCUAUUCAUUUCUUUCAUUUCCUCUUUUCAAUCAACAGAUUGUUGUGAUUUGACAUUAGACCCAAACACUGCCAACUCUUUCCU